AUGGAAGACUCUACUACUACAACCAGUGUCAUUUAUUUGUCAAGAAUUCCACCUUUUAUGAAGCCUGCUAAAAUAAAACAUUUGUUAAGUCGAUAUGGAGAAAUUGGUCGUGUGUACUUGGCACCUGAAGAUGCUAAAAUCCAUGCUAGAAGAAAAAAAUAUGGUGGUAAUAAAAAGAAAAAUUAUGCAGAGGGUUGGGUCGAAUUUUUAGAUAAAAAAGAUGCCAAGAAUGUAGCAAAUAUAUUGAAUACUCAACCAAUAGGAGGAAACAGAAGAAAUCAUUAUCAUGAUGAUUUAUGGAAUAUCAAAUAUCUUUCAAAGUUCAAAUGGAGUAAUUUAACAGAUCAAAUUGCAUACGAGAAUGCUGCUAGAGUUCAACGUCUCACAGCAGAAAUUUCACAGUCACGAAGAGAAAAUAAAGAUUAUAUAGCAAAAGUAGAAAAGGCAAAAAAAAUAAGAAACAUUAUUCGUUCUAAAGAAAAAUCCAGUCUCAAUAAUAAUAAAAAUCCCCCUGUUUAA